UUCUCCUUCAAAACCCAACUAGGCUUCCCCAUUUCCAAACCCACUCUCUUCCUCUCCCGCGUCCACCUCACGCGCCUCCUCCGCUCCCCCGUCGUCCGCGCCCAGAAGAGCCCCAAGUUCGGACUUCAGUCCGUGCGGAAGAAGCGUAAAGGCGGCAACAAGCUCCUGGAAAUGGACGACUCCGACUCCGACGGCGAUGACGUCAUGGACGGUGGAGAUGAGGAGCUGGAAUUGGGACUCGACGGCGAGGAUGAAGACGACGAAGGUCUCCUGGUGCCGUUCGGGGAGAUGAAGAAGUGGCUGGAGAAGAAGCCACGUGGAUUCGGGGACGGCAAAGUGUACGACACGCCGAUUGAGGACAAAUUGCUUGAAGAACUACAGGCUGAAGCUGAGACUGCUACUAAGGUUCAAAACGACGCCGUAAAAGCGAAUGUUAAGCCUAAGAAGAAAGGUGAUGAGGUGGUUGUGCCGGCGGGGUUUCGGGUGAGGGUGACGAACCUGCCGAAGAAGAAGAAUGUGCACCGGGAUUUGAGUGCGGCGUUUAAGACGGUUCCGGGUUUGCUGAGCAUAAACCCGGCUGUGAGUGGGAACAAGAAGACUAAGGACCCCAUUUGCAAGGGGUUUGGUUUUGUGCAUUUCAAAACUGAGAAGGAUGCAGCUAGGUUUGUGGAAACAUUUUCUUCUCAGAGUAUUACAUUUGGGAAAGUUCAGAAGCAAAUAAAAUGCGAGGUGGUAACUUCAGCGGAUUCUGAUGUGGAACAACCAAAAUCUGCUCCUCAACCAGCUGGUCCACAACUAAAUGCUCUUAAACCCGUAACUGUUAACUAUACUGUCCGUGGUCCUAAACCGACAACAGACCCUGCUCCUAAAACCUCAACCAAUAACUCUACUGAUUCCCAACUGGCCGUUUCUGCAUCUGGAGGGCAAAAAGCGGAUUCUGACUUGGAUGAUUCUUCCCUGGACACGCUGGAAGAGAUUGUAUCUGCUGAAUAUGACGGCUCUGAUGUUGAAAUCCUUGAACCAGAACUUGAAGAUUUCAUGGAGAAUCUUAAAAAUUCAGGGCACUAUCUUGAUGCUCAACUGUCAGCUGCACUUGGAGACCAGGAGGUGGAUUCUGACAUGGAUGAUGUUACCCUGGACACAUUGGAUGAGACUGUAUCUGAUGAUGAAUAUGAUGGCCCUGAUGUUGUGAUCCUUGGACCAGAACCGGAAGAAUUCAAGGAGACUCUGCCAACUUCCACUGUGUCGAACCUAAAUGGUGGAGACAAUGAUAGCAUAGAGUUAACAACAGAAUCCAAGCCUUUAGCAGAUUCGUCUUCCUCAAAGCAGUUAGUUGUUAAGAGUAAAGAAGAGAAGGUUCCUCGCAAAAAGCAAGCUGUGAAAGUGAAAGUAGAAGGGGCUCCUAAGAAGAAGUUAACUGUGAAAGAAAAGGCACCAAAGGCACCAAAAGCACCAAAAGUUCCAAAGUUGGUCAUCCCUGGGUCUUCCAAGAGGUUAAAGGUGAAGGAGAAGGCUGUGCUUAGUGAUGUGUUCUCAAAAUACGGGUUAAACCCUGCUUUGGCUUCAAAUGAAGAUAGUUAGGCAGUACUGGUCGAGGCCAUUGUAAUCUUUUUGUGUUCUCAAAUUAUGGGUUAAACCCUGCAUUGGCUUCGAAUGAAGAAUAGUUAGGCAGUACCGGUCUAGGCCAUUGUAAUCUUUUUGAGUGUCUCCAAUAUGGGUUGGAUCCUGCUUUGGCUUCAAAGG